AUGCGUUGUAUUUGGGCUCUCUCAGCGCUAACAGCGUUGACUAGCACUGCCGUAGGUUCGCCUCUUCAGAAAAGAUGCUCAAACCCACGUCAAAACACAGGCCCCAAAGAGAGCCAAGCAACUUGCACAGAAAUCACCAACGGAUGCCCUAACCUGGACUUCACCUGGAAGCCCAAAAACACUGGCCAGAUGCUCUAUGACAUCUCCAUGAAAAAGGUCCAGUGGGUCAAGGACAACAUCUAUGAGAUCACAGUUCACGUGCAAGGUGAGAAGAACAUCGCCAUCAGCUGUAUUGAUGGUUUGAAGGUUAUUGGUAUCAAUGGGCCUGACGGCGGCACCUUCUGGUUGUAUGACAGAAAUAACAACAUUGCUAAGGUCGACAGCCCUACCGACUACGAUGCUACCUUCAGAGUGUACGGUCAAGAAGACACCAGCAACUGUAGAGUGUGGAUGCCAAACUUCCAGAUUCAGUAUGACUACAACAAUCAGUGCGAUGUUUAUGGUAACAGCAAGUCGUUUGGUUUGAUUACUGGCUGUAACAACUACGACAACCAAGGCCACUCCAAGACUGACGCCCCAGGAUUCUACUGGUCUUAUCAGUGCUCUGGCAAAUCUAGCUGCGGAGCUUCUUCUGCCUCAUCCGUCUUUUCUACCACUCAAUUGACCUCUGCUACUUCGAAGACUUGCACCAAGAACAAGCCUACGACCACUUCGUGUACCAAGAACAAGCCUACGACUACCUCGUGCACCAAGAGUAAGACCCAGACCACUUCUGAGUCUUCAAGCACCGAAACUACCGAAACAUACACCAAACCAUCAUGUACUAAGAGCAAGACUCAGACUACUCCUGAGACUCCAAGCACCGAAACCACUGAGACACACACCAAGCCAUCGUGCACUAAGAGCAAGUUCUCUAAGACUUCGUGCACCAAGAGCAAGACUCAGACCACUCCUGAGACUCCAAGCACCGAAACUACUGAGACGCACACCAAGCCAUCGUGCACUAAGAGCAAGUUCUCUAAGACUUCGUGCACCAAGAGCAAGACUCAGACCACUCCUGAGACUCCAAGCACCGAAACUACUGAGACGCACACCAAGCCAUCGUGCACUAAGAGCAAGUUCUCUAAGACUUCGUGCACCAAAAAGUCAAAGUCUACCACUCCUCUCACCCCAUCUACUGCUCCUGGAACUACUGUUCCUAGUACCACCUACUACCCAAGCUCCAGCGCUCCAGUUUCCGAGAGCUCCUCAACCUGCCAAACUGUUGUGACCAGCACUGUGUCUGGUUCGACCACCGUCUACACCACCACCUGCUCCACUCCAGUUUCCGAGACUACUACCCCAGAGACUCCUGUUGGACCAAGCACUGCCCCAGGCACCACUAUCCCAGGCACUCGUAGCUGCUCCACAUCUCCUGGCACUACUGUCCCAGGUACCACCUACUACCCAAGCUCCAGUUCUUCAGGCUUUGGCAACUCUUCUGUUCCUGUGACGUCUGCUCCAAGCUCCAGCGCUCCAGUCUCCGAGUUCUCUUCGACCCCAGUGUCUUCUGCUCCAAGCUCCAGCGCUCCAGUUUCCGAGAGCUCCUCAACCUGCCAAACUGUUGUGACCAGCACUGUGUCUGGGUCGACCACCGUCUACACCACCACCUGCUCCACUCCAGUUUCCGAGACCUCUUCGACUCCAGAGACCACCGCUCCAAGCUCUAGCGCUCCAGUCUCCGAGUUCUCUUCGACCCCAGUGUCUUCUGCUCCAAGCUCCAGCGCUCCAGUUUCCGAGUUCUCUUCGACUCCAGUUUCUUCUGCUCCAAGCUCUAGCGCUCCAGUCUCCGAGUUCUCUUCGACCCCAGUGUCUUCUGCUCCAAGCUCCAGCGCUCCAGUCUCUGAGUCUUCUUCUACCUGCCAAACUGUUGUGACCAGCACUGUGUCUGGGUCGACCACCGUCUACACCACCACCUGCUCCACUCCAGUCUCUGAGACCUCUUCGACUCCAGUUUCUUCUGCUCCAAGCUCCAGCGCUCCAGUUUCCUCGGUUCCACAUAGUACUCCAUACUACCACAACACUACCACUGCUGCUGGUACUGGAUCCACCUCCUACCCAGUUUCUUUGAGCUCUACCCCAGUCACCUCUGGCUCCGGUACCCCAGCUACUUCUGGCUCUGUCCCAGCUACUUCUGGUUCCGUCCCAGCUACCUCCGGUACCCCAGCUACUUCUGGUUCCGUCCCAGCUACUUCUGAGACUACCCCAGCUACUUCCGGUACCCCAGCUACUUCUGGCUCUGUCCCAGCUACUUCUGAGACUACCCCAGCUACUUCUGGUUCCGUCCCAGCUACCUCCGGUACCCCAGCUACUUCUGGCUCUGUCCCAGCUACUUCUGAGACUACCCCAGCUACUUCUGGUUCCGUCCCAGCUACUUCCGGUACCCCAGCUACUUCUGGCUCUGUCCCAGCUACUUCUGAGACUACCCCAGCUACUUCUGGUUCCAUCCCAGCUACCUCCGGUACCCCAGCUACUUCUGGUUCCGUCCCAGCUACUUCUGAGACUACCCCAGCUACCUCCGGUACCCCAGCUACUUCUGGCUCUGUCCCAGCUACUUCUGAGACUACCCCAGCUACUUCUGGUUCCGUCCCAGCUACCUCCGGUACCCCAGCUACUUCUGGUUCCGUCCCAGCUACUUCUGAGACUACCCCAGCUACCUCCGGUACCCCAGCUACUUCUGGCUCUGUCCCAGCUACUUCUGAGACUACCCCAGCUACUUCUGGUUCCGUCCCAGCUACUUCCGGUACCCCAGCUACUUCUGGCUCUGUCCCAGCUACUUCUGAGACUACCCCAGCUACUUCUGGUUCCGUCCCAGCUACCUCCGGUACCCCAGCUACUUCUGGCUCUGUCCCAGCUACUUCUGAGACUACCCCAGCUACCUCCGGUACCCCAGCUACUUCUGGCUCCGUUCCAGCUACCUCUGGCUCUAUCCCAACUACUUCUACUUGUCAAACCAUUGUUAAAAGCGCUGUUUCUGGAACGACUACCAUUUUCACCACAACUUGUCCUGAAAGCACUUUGCCAACUACAACUGGGCCUGCACAGACUGAGUCAGUGGUCACUGUUACUGAAUCUGGCACCGUUACCUCUUACACCACUACCUGCCCUAUCACGGAAGUCGAGCCAACUACCACUGGCCCUGAUAAUGCCAAGACUGUUCUUGUCUCCUCUGUUUCCGGCACUGUGACUUCUUACACCACCACCUUGCCAGCCAGUGAAUCUCAGCCAGCUACUACUGCUCCAGCUAGCUCCGAGUCUGUUGUUGUCUCCUCCGCUUCCGGCACUGUGACUUCUUACACCACCACCUUGCCAGCCAGUGAAUCUCAGCCAGCUACUACUGCUCCAGCUAGCUCCGAGUCUGUUGUUGUCUCCUCCGCUUCCGGCACACCUGUCACUGAGUCUAUCGUGACCGACACCGUAUCGGGCACAACAACCAUCUACACCACUACAUGCCCAGUGAGCUCUGCUGUCGAAACAACCUCUCCUGGCCCAGCUAACUCUGAGAUUGUUACUACCAGCACCAUCUCUGGUACUGAGACUGUCUACACCACCACAGCUCCAUUGAGCUCUGCUCAAAAGACUGAGGCUGCUUCUCCAUCGGGUUCGCAAACAAAAUCUGUUGAAUCUUCUCCAGCUUACAGCGGUUCUUACACUACCCCAGGCGCUUCUGGUUCAUACGUCACCCAAACUCCAUCUUCUUCUCUUGAGGUGCAGUCUUCUUCCUCCGUCGCUGCCGUCUCUACUACGGCUGGCGUCUCUACCUUCGAGGGUGCUGCCAACAAGCUAAGAGCUGGUCUUCUUUUGGCUAUCCCACUAGCCCUGUUGUGA